AUGUGGGUGUGUAUUUCCCGUUUACUGACCGAUCUGGGCAGAGUGGCCUCUCCUGGCCAUGUUCUUGGCCCGGACGGCCUCUUUGAUCCGGUCCACCUCCUGCUGGUAGCGCUUGCGGUCGCGGGCGGCGUUCUCCUUGGCCUCCUUCAGUGCAGACUCCAGGGCCUUGACGCGCUCAGCCGUAGCACGAAGACGCUUUUCCACCACGUGACGGUGUUCCUGAGGGUCUUGUUCUUCUCCUUCUCCCGCUCGUACUUCUGCUUCCACUGCUCCGCCGUCAGCUCAAUGUUCACCGUCACCGUGUUCUUGAUGGUCUUCGCUCUGGAGGAAGGCGAGCAGCAGAUGACGAUGGUGGUGCGGCAGUUCCCACCCAGGGAGUCCUGA